AUGAUAGACGAGGCUCUUGUGGAGGUUGACGGACUCUUUGCUGGUCUCAUUUACCUCGAUGCGACAGAUCCUGCACUCCCCCAAAGAACCCCAAAGAACUGCUUUCGAAAAAGUCUUGCUGUGAAGCUAGAUGUUAUCUGCAAUGCUUGCGAAAUUCGCUCUGAAACCGACACAUCGAAGGCACAAUCUUUAACGAUUCAUGAAGGCAUCCUAGCUCGAGAGGCCGCGUGGUCCUCUAUUCGAACAGUUCGAGAUGGAAUGAAGAUCCUCUGGGAUCAUUUUGUCAAUGUCUCUCGGGUUCUGAAUACAUCGACAAUUGAUAGCUUACGCAAUAGCUACCAUGAUGCUCAAGGCCUUUGCUAUGAAGGAGUGUUUGCUUUUCGCUACACCGUCGUUGGCCCAAGACCUGACGACUUGGCCAGGAUAUUUGCCUUUUGUAGCUUAUCCUAUGUAGUUGCCCGUCUUUUCUGUGCUCACAAAAGGGCCAAGCAAAGCGAUAUCCCAGCCGGUAUCCGUUCAUGGCGUAAUGCACUCAAGGAAGAGGACGAGCGACAGGCCUUUGAUGCUCUGGCCGGACAGAUGUGGCCAGAAGCACAGAAUCAUGUCCAUUUUCAGGACCUUGACCCAGGGCAACCAUUGGCGCGAUCUACGAGUACUCACGGCCACAGUGGGAGUGCGUCUCCUGUGUCUUCUAGCCAUUACAAAAGCUCAAUACCACCAUUUCCUGCUGAUUUCAGCAUCAUGCCGCCAUAUGACUGUGACCAGCAAGCUCAACAACCCUCCAACAAGGGGAGUAUGGGUCAUAGCUUCGUCCCGCUUCAGGAUACAUGCCUAGGCAACGAGCAAGUCAAUAACGGCACGACAAACACCUCCACAGCCUUCAGCCAGAAUCACCAAAGUUUCACGGACCCAAUAGAUGAUGCUUGUUACUUCCCUGCACCAAGCACACAACUGCCUGUACCAAACAACGAGCCAUACGCUGACUCGUGGGCCUGGUCAGACUCGGGCUCCAUGCUAUCGCUGAACUUCGACAUGAUGGAACCGCUGGACUUCACAGCACUUGGAGACCCAACAAGGCAAUCAGCCGACUAUACCAACCUCAUCACCGAUCCCACCCAAGGGCUGAGCGAUAGAGCCCUGCUGGAAACAACAACUCAUGUUAGUGCCUUGGAGAUGACAUCUACGUUUAUGGUUGUCAGAGAAUAUAUCCGCGACAACUGUAACUUUUGGCACCGACUCGGUGGCUCCGGUUUAGUGUCAAAAGACCACAGAUCACGUCUCUCAUGGUGGCACAAAACACCAGCCCGGAUGGAGUGCAAACAGACCUCAUCAUACAUCCAACAAUUGUUAGCUGUGGAGCACACUCGUAACACAGAGUCGCGUGGUAUUGUCGCUGUUGCUGAAACUUUCAUUAAAUGGGGGUUUCUCCAAAGUAUUGAAGAUAUAAAGCUCUACAUGACACAACUGGGAGGUAGUUUCUGCAAAUGGAUUGAGGGCUUUUCGGGUGACAAUGAGUACGUCGACCUACUAGCCUAG